AUGAGGUUAUCGCAGUUUAGCGUCUGGCACAACAAGAUUGCAGGGAAGGAUACCAUACGACUGAGCGAUUUAAAAGCUGCAAAAUGGCCAACUACAACUGCAGAGGACUCAUAUUUUAAUCGAUUCCAAUUUGCUUUGGAAGAAGUUCCCACGGAGGACAUGUCCAUGGAAAACAACGUGCAACUUGAACGUUUUCUCAAAGAAAUCGUCACAAAAACAUCACUCAUUCAGGAGAACAAUAAAAAACGUCUGAGAGUGCUUUCAAAACUAUUUUUUUUGAGCAACCUUAAAAGCUACCUUGAAAGCGAGUUGGAAAAGGAUAAAACGAUCACUGAAGUCAAUGUUUACGCGGAAUAUGCCAUAGUUGUAGACUGCAGUCUGUCGAGCGAUCAGUGGCACGGCAUCAAUUUGUCUCUUGUAUCUGAAAAGAUUAUUAUACAGAAGGAUUGCCAGAUCAAUUUAUCUGGACAAGGCCACGACAGAAAGGUGAACGGAAAAGCAGGAAGUGGGAGAGGAACGUAUGAGAAAGGAGAGAAUGGCAGUGAUGGAGUGGCUGGAGAGUCCAGCGGAAACUUUCUUCUCUGUGCAAACGUAGUCAAGAAUCCCGAAAAGUUAAAGGAUUACGAUCCUGGUAGCAAGUGGACCAAAACAUUCGGCCAUAGUGAAUACAAGGGCUUUGAGGAAUGGAUAGAACGGACUUAUGAAUGUGACGAUGGUCGCCAAAUGGAUUUUGCAAUUGCAGGAAUGCGAAAACUACUUUGCACUGUUUACGAUUUCAGAGUGGUUUUAAAAGGAGUCAAAGGAACUAUGGGUACGGAAGGAGGUAGCAAUGGCGUCGGAGGGGAAGGAGGAAAUCGAGGGGAGUUCUUAGCGAGAAGAAUAUCUUCAGGAGAUCGAAUAAGUGGUGUUAGAUUAGAAAUGAAGAAGGGAAGCGAUGGUCAGGAUGGAAAGUGUGGCAGACCUGGCGACCCUGGUAGUAAUGGAAAUGACGUUGCUCUCAUCGAUCAAUCCGGUGGUGGAAAUCCAUGGGAGAAACGGGUUGACCGCUACUAUUAUGGCCACAAG